CUUAUUAAACCCUUUAGUUAUCGCUAUUAAACCCUAAGCCCGAAUAGAAACAAAAUACAACAUUCUCUGUAAUUUCUGCAACUAUCUAUUGACGGCGAUGGCUGAUUCUUCAACCAUCCCAAACGACUCUAAAACACGUCCUUAUCAUCCCUACCAGCACCUCAACAUUCCCAUCGACAAACUCUACAACCUCCCCACCUCACCGGAGCAUCUUUUCCACGAAGAAAUCAGAAAGCGCCGUUCUUGGGGCGACAAUCUUCAAUACUACACCGGCACCGGCUACCUCUCCGGCGCGAUCAUCGGAGGCACCAAGGGAACCAUUGAAGGCAUCAAGGCUGCCGAAUCCGGUGAAUCUCUUAAGCUCCGGGUUAACCGAGUUCUUAAUUCGGGUGGUCAGGGAGGUAGAAGACUCGGUAACUCGCUUGGCGUGUUAGGUUUGAUCUUUGCGGGGUUGGAGAGUGCUAUGAUUCAUGUUAGGGACACGGAUGAUUUUGUUAAUAGUGCUGUCGCCGGACUUGGGACCGGAGCGCUUUACAAGGCUGCGGCGGGACCUCGGUCGGCUGCUAUUGCCGGUGCUGUUGGCGGGAUUACGGCAGCUGUGGUAGUUGCUGGAAAGCAAGCUUUGAAACGAUACAUUCCUAUAUAACAAAACAAAAUUUAAUCGUAAUUCAAUUUUAGGGAGGGAUGAUGAAUGGUGAUCCAAGUUUAGAGUACAUUUGGUGGUUUGUCAUUGAACUGUUGCUUUUGUUAGUUUUAGUUCAUGUUUGAAUUGAUAUGUAGUUUGGCGAAAUCACUGUACCACGGUGAUAUAUCAUACAAUGAAAUGAUUCUGCAAAGCAAAACUCUGUCAAUUUAAACAUGCACUUAGUUGUUGCUACAUGUCAUACCAUUGGUAGUAAUUUGUUAUUGCUUUUGAAAACCCUCUCCGUAAAUGAUGUAUUUACAAUGAAGCACAAAUGUGACAGUGUAUUUUAAAUAAAUUGCUUUAUUGAUUUAAAUAAAA